AUGGCCAGUCAAGAAAUCAACAAUCUACAGAAUUCUUUCCAGCGUGCUGUGAACCUCAGUGGUUCUUCGGGUGCUGUUUCCACCUCUCCUACUCAAUCCUUUAUGGACACUCUACCUCGUCGAAUGAGUGUCUCCAAUAAGGCAAAGGCUUUAAAACCUUUUUCUACCGGUGAUAUGAAGAUUCUUCUACUAGAAAAUGUUAAUGCUACCGCUGUAAGUAUUUUCGAGGAUCAGGGAUACCAAGUUGAAUUUCAUAAGUCUUCUUUACCUGAAGAGGAGCUGAUUGAAAAGAUAAAAGAUGUUCAUGCCAUUGGUAUUAGGUCAAAGACAAAAUUAACUGCAAACGUUUUGAAACAUGCCAAGAACUUGGUUUCUAUCGGUUGUUUCUGUAUUGGUACCAACCAAGUUGAUCUAAAAUAUGCCACCCAUGCAGGUAUUGCCGUUUUCAACUCUCCAUUCUCUAACUCUAGAAGUGUAGCGGAAUUAAUCAUUGGUGAAAUCAUCAGUUUAGCCAGACAACUGGGUGAUAGAUCUAUCGAACUACACACAGGUGCAUGGAACAAAGUUUCCAACAGGUGUUGGGAAGUUAGAGGUAAAACUUUGGGUAUCAUUGGUUAUGGUCACAUUGGUUCUCAAUUAUCCGUCCUAGCGGAAGCUAUGGGUAUGCAUGUGUUAUACUACGAUACUGUAACCAUUAUGGCCUUGGGUACUGCUAGACAAGUACCUACUUUAGAUGAAUUGUUGAACAAUUCUGAUUUCAUUACUUGUCACGUUCCAGCUACCCCAGAAACUAAAAACAUGUUGUCUGCUCCACAGUUCGCGGCUAUGAAAGAAGGUGCUUACGUUCUAAACGCUUCCAGAGGUACCGUGGUAGAUAUUCCAGCAUUGAUCCAAGCUUUCAAGGUUGGUAAAAUUGCAGGUGCAGCUCUAGAUGUUUACCCAAGUGAACCUGGUAAGAAUGGUGCAGGUGCAUUUAGCGACGAUUUGAACCCAUGGGCAAGCGAAUUGAUCUCGCUACCCAACAUCAUCUUAACUCCUCACAUUGGUGGAUCUACUGAAGAAGCUCAAAGUGCCAUUGGUGUGGAAGUGGCUGCUUCAUUGACCAAAUACAUUAAUGAAGGUACUUCUGUUGGUUCCGUAAAUUUCCCAGAAGUCUCUCUCAGAUCUUUGGAUUAUGACCAAGAAAAUACGGUCCGUGUUCUAUACAUUCACCACAACGUCCCUGGUGUUUUGAAGACCGUGAACAAUAUCUUGUCCAACCACAAUAUCGAAAAGCAAUUCUCAGAUUCUAAAGGUGAUAUCGCUUAUUUGAUGGCUGAUAUCAGCAAUGUGGACCAAAGCGAUAUCAAGAAUGUCUACGACGAACUAAAUCAAACCGAUGCUAAGAUCUCCAUCAGGUUGCUGUACUAA